AUUUAUUAGUGUUAAAAUUAUUAAUCCACAAUUAUAAAAACACGGACGGAUGUCCGUUAGUAAGCUGUGUCUACUUCAACCCUAAUUUUUAUUUCUUCAGAAGACUCACAAAAUAAAAAGACACUGAAUUGUUCUCGCAGUGAUCACAUUCCCCUCCGAAAUCUGAAUCAGAGUUAUAACAUCGUGAUGGGUGCUCCUAAGCAUAAAUGGAGUCAAGAAGAAGAGUCAGCUCUAAGAUCUGCCGUUUCCAAGCACGGCCCUGGUAGGUGGCGCACCAUCCUCAAAGACCCUGACUUUAGUCAAGUCUUGUUCCUUCGUUCCAAUGUAGAUCUUAAGGAUAAAUGGAGAAACAUUAGUGUCAUGGGGUAUGGAUCCGGAUCGCGUCCCAAGCCUGUUAAAAGGACGCUUGGCUCAUUGCCAAGUGAUGAAGAAAUCUUAGAAAUGGUGGAUGCUAAGAACUUUUCUACCACCGGCUCUUCUGCACUGCAAGCUUCGUCUCCAAGGACACCUAAUUGGCUGGAUAGCCUUAUAACGGAAGCAAUAUGUACCAUGAAACAGCCUGGUGGUUCUAGCAAAACAGCAAUUGGUAACUACAUCCAGGAACGAUAUGAGGUACCGCCGAACUUCAAACAGUUGCUGUCUUCCAAGCUAAAGUACUUGUCUGCUUUUGGUAGUGGCAAGCUUAUCAAGGUUAAACGCAAGUAUAGAAUUCCAAACUCCACUGCUUUGUCAUCCCACAAGAAGAGACAUUUGGGGACAUCGUCUGAUAAAGAUGAAGUGAGUGUUCAGAGACAGUCAGAGGUUGAUGGAGAGUUAGCUAGAAUGAUGAUUGUGAACAUACAUGAGGCGGCAGCAAUUGCAGCACAGGCAGUUGCAGAGGCAGAAGCAGCCAUGGCAGAGGCUGACGAAGCUGCAAAGCAAGCAGAGAUUGCAGAAGCCGAAGCAGAAGCAGCUCAAGUAUUCGCUGAAGAAGUUUCAAAGUCCCUGAAAGGAAUAAAACAACUGCAAUGUGCAGAUGAUCCUUACUUGAGGUGACUGAGAGAAGAGGAAGAAGCUAAAUGUGUUGCAGGUGAACUGAGAGAGAGAGAAGCGUUAGAAGUAGUGUUUGUGUGUUGAUUACUUUUGUCUACUUGUUCCUUUAAAGUUUUAUAUCCAUUUUGUUUAGAUUCGUGAACUUAGAAAAAAUUUAGUGAGGUUUUCGGACCUUCUAUGUACAUAUAUAUGCCUGAGCUUGACUGAACUAAA